AAGCUUAGCGUUCUAUCCUCCGUGUUUCUCACACCACGCGCGACGUUCUUCCAUUUGUUUCGUUCACCCGCGGAAGACCACUGCGGGGCACGGUCUAAGCGAGUCUACAUCAACGAUUUUUAUCCGAAAACGGUGCGAUGGCGGCCAGUGAUCUGGGCCGCCUGGCGGAGGCCCUCUAUGACACCGCCUUCAUUCAGGAGCUCUUGGUCCUUGUGACCUUCGCCCUCUCCUACACUCUUUGGCGCCGCGUCCGACGCUCGUCGUGGCCAGCCACGCGGAGCAAAGCGGACGCGGAACCCGCGAAGGCGUCGCGCCCAAACCUCCAUCGGGCGAAGCCGAAGGUGCGCGACUUCACCGACGCAGAGAAGGAGCAGGCGAAAGCAUCUGAGGCCGAAAUGAAAGAGCUCCUGGUCCAGAAUGAGUUUACACGCGCGCUCAAUUUGUAUCGCCGGACGGAGCGCUGGAACCUGGAAGCCUUCUUCACCGAGGAGCUCUUCGGCUGCUUCGUGCAGUCAGGGAUCCGUGUGAACAAGGUGGACGUGGUCGAGCGCAUGCUCCGGAGCUUGAAACGAGCAAGGAAGGAAGCUCCUUCGAAGGAGUUUUGGCAGCAAACCCUGAAGCUCAUGUCCAGCAGAAAACACUUCAGCCUUUGCUUGUUGGCGUACAGCAUCUUCGAGCAUGACAUGCCUGUGGACAAGGUGAUCUUUUCCUGUUUGAUCAAUGCUGCUCUGGAGCUGAACGCGGAAUCGCGGCUGGAAGCACUUCUGGAGAAGUAUAGCCAGGCCUCGCUGAGUCCCAAGGAUCACAUUUUGCACUUCCGAUGCUACGUGCAGCUGAACUCCGCCGAUGCGGCGGAGCAGCUCUUUCACCGGCUGGGCGAUGAGGUGAGCAACUUGAUGUUGAACAUGUUGUUGCUGACCUGCGUGAACCAGAAGCAGCCGGAGCGAGCCUACCAGCUCUUGCAAGAUGCCAAAGUGCGAGAAACAUCAGCCAAAGAUAAGCUGGUGGACAUUGUCUCCUACAAUACGGUCAUGAAAGGCUUCGGAGCUGCUCAGAUGCGCUCCCGCUGCCUCGACGCUGUCCGCGACUUGAUCGAACAUGGCCUGCAGCCCGACGACAUCACGCUGGGAGCAUUGAUGGAAGCAUGCGUGGCAGAAAGCGACCAUGCGCUGGCCCAGCAAAUUGGAGAUGUUCUCAUCUCCAGUGGUCGUGAAGUGAAACCUCCCAUGUGCAACCUCUUCAUCAGAGGUUUGGUGAAGGCGGGUGGCAUUUGGAAGGCUUUGGCGCUCUAUGAGGCGAUGAAGAAGCAGCAAGUUCGUUUCCCAGACAUUGUGCUCUUUUCAGUGCUCAUCAAGGCCUUGGUGGGCCAAAACGCCUUGGCGAAAGCCUUGGAGCUGGUGGAGGACAUGAAAGCCCAUGGCCAUGCCAUGGAUGACAUCAUUCUGACCCACCUCCUCGAGGGCUGCAGGCAUGAGAGCCGCUAUGAGUUGGGCAAGGAGCUCUUCCAGAAGUCCAUCGAUGCAGGCGUUGUGCCUUCAGACUUCACGCUGGUCACGCUCUUGAAGCUCUACGGCCGCUGCGGAGCUCACGCAGAGGCCUUCCACUUGCUCCAGAGCUGGGAGCGGCGCUUCAGACAGAAACCCUCAGUGAUCCACUACACUUGUCUUAUGAGUGGGUGCUUUCGCUUCAAGAAGUAUGACCAGGCCUGGGCUGCUUUCGAGUUGAUGCUGCACCAUGGGGUUCAACCAGAUGACACCACCUUCACCACGAUGAUGGGCAUCCUUCAAAGUCAAGAAUGGGAUCGAGUCCUGGUUUUGGCCCGCCUGGCCAGCCGCACGCGGAGCGAGGGCAGUGGCCGCGGAAAACUGCUGGCGAACUGCGUCCAGAUGGCCAGUGCCAGUGAGUCCGGCGCGAGUCCGGAGCAGCUGCGAGAACUCAAGGUGGGGAGAGGUGGUGCACACGCGGUUUUGGUGCGGGUUGUGUUUUCAUUUCAUACACUUUCGUACUACUGUACUGGGCGUGUUGGGUUCGCAUCAGUUUGAGAGAAACUCAAAUGCGUCCCCUAGUACCCUAGCCUGAUCUCAUUUGAUAUCCCUUCUUUCUGAAUUUGUGUGCUUGGAUCUUGAGAGUUUAGAGCAAAAGCAUGCAAAAGAGCCCAAAGUAUUCUAUGCUCGUUCGAUCUGGGACACUCAUACCUACCUGUGGCCCGUGCAACCACGUGGCAGCCCGGGGGGGCUCUACAAAGCACAGGCAAACCACCUCGGAGGGUUCCGAAAUGAAGUGGUGAGCAUCUGCUGUAGCAGGAGUUUGUCCAGGUAAUUUGUCAACACAUCACACGGAAGAUCGUCUUCAAACGGGCCCAUGUUCCACUUCCAUGUGAUGUGGUCGUGGG